AUGACCCUACAGUCGAAGGUGCAGGGACGGUCGACACCAAAGGAGGAAAGCGUUGGCGGAUGGGUAGUGGCAGACUGUCAGGAAGGAAUCGAUGGUGCAAGUCGUUCACCAGGGACAAUGGAGGUGGAAGUGAUUAGGGUUAAAAUUGGAACAACUCUCAAUUGGAAGGAGACAGAGCUCAGGGAUGCAGCGCUGGAAGGGGAUGACAGAAUCGUUGGGAGGAAGAGGGAGGAGGGACACAGAUUAUGUCGCACCUGGAUGAAAACAGAUGACAGAUCUCCGGUUGCUAGGUCGGAGAAAGAUGACAGACUUUGGGUGGUCGUCGUUAGCGGGGAGAGAAGGGGACAUGGAUCGUUUUUCUUCUUUGGAUGCGUGUUCAGUAGGGCAAAUUUGGAAUUGAAGGCGUUGAUAAUUUUUUUUGUCACAAUCCUUCUCAUUUGA